AUGCGUAUCUAUCGCUGUUGGUUCUGUUCUAGUCCCAUUUAUCCGGGUCAUGGAAUAAUGUUUGUUCGAAACGACUGCAAAGAGUUUCGAUUCUGCCGCGGCAAAUGCCACAAGGCUUUUAAGAGAAAGAGAGCACCACGAAAGACAAAGUGGACUAAAACCUAUAGAAAAUUUGCCAAAAAGGACCUUAGCGAUGACUUUGCUCAGACUUUUGAAAGGAAGAGGAAUGUCAUUCAGAAGUAUAGUCGCGAGAAUUUAGUUACAACAUUAAAUGCAAUAAAAACUAUUAGUCAUAUCAAAGAAAAGCGUGAAAAGCUGUUUCUUACUAAAAGGCUCAAGAAAGGUAUCGAAUUACGCAAGAAAGAGGAUGUCAAAUUGGUCGAAACGCAAAUGCACCUUAUUAGAGCCCCCAAUGCAAGGGAAUCUGAAACAGCUGAGAGUAAGCAGGAAGACUCUGUCGAGCAGAUGGACAUCGAGAUGGAAGAUAUGGAAAACAAAAUGGAGAGGGAAUCGCUCCCAUCCACUUCCAAACGUGUGGUUAGGAGGAGAUUGCUGGUCAAAAAUUGGACUCGCCUCAGUGACGGUGUUGAUUCCUUCCAUGGGCCCCUCACAAUGUACAGGUUGAACUUGGUGGUGCCCUUUACUCCGCCCACGCAAGAUUAA